CCUUCUCUGGACCAGGUCAUGCGCUGCCCCAAGUUCCUUCUGUGCCUGUCAGCUCUGCUCACGCUCCUGGGCCUCAAAGUGUACAUCGAGUGGACGUCUGAGUCCCGGCUCAGCAAGGCCUACGCUGGCCCCCGGGGCACACUGCCAGGCCCCACACCAGCCAGCCUAGAACCUACCCUUCCCGCCAAUCUCUCAGCCCGCCUUGGCCAGACUGUUCCGUUGCCCCUGACUUACUGGAACCAGCAGCAGUGGCGGCUGGGGACCCUGCCUGUUGGGGACAGCACUGAGGCAGGGGACUGCCAGUCUUGGGGGACUGCUGCCGCCGCCGAGAUCCCUGACUUUGCCUCCUACCCUGAGGACCUCCGCCGCUUCCUGCUGUCAGCAGCCUGUAGAAGCUUCCCACGGUGGUUGCCCAGAACUGGUGGUGGCCAAGUGGCCAGCUGCUCAGAUACCAAUGUCCCCUACCUGCUAUUGGCUGUCAAGUCAGAACCAGGGCGCUUUGUAGAACGACAGGCUGUGAGAGAGACAUGGGGCAGUCCAGCUCCUGGGAUCCGGCUGCUCUUCCUGGUGGGGUCCCCCGUGGGUGAGGCAGGGCCUGAUUUAAGCUCCCUGGUGGCCUGGGAGAGCCAUCGCUACAGUGACCUGUUACUCUGGGACUUCCUUGAUGUCCCCUUCAACAGGACACUCAAAGACCUCCUGCUGAUGGCCUGGCUGGGCCACCACUGCCCUGAUGUGACUUUUGUCCUCCAAGUUCAAGAUGAUGCCUUUGUGCAUACCCCUGCCUUGCUGGAUCACCUGCGGAGCCUGCCGCCUAUCUGGGCUCAAAGCCUCUACCUGGGUGAGGUCUUUACACAGGCCAUACCCCUCCGGAAACCUGGAGGACCCUUCUAUGUGCCUGGGUCCUUCUUUGAAGGUAGCUACCCAGCCUAUGCAAGUGGAGGUGGCUACAUUAUUUCAGGGCGCCUGGCACCCUGGCUGCUGCAGGCAGCAGCCCAUGUGGCACCCUUCCCCUUUGACGACGUCUACACUGGCCUUUGCUUCCGUGCCCUGGGCCUGGUGCCUCGGGCCCACCCAGGCUUCCUCACAGCCUGGCCAGCAGAUCGCACCACGGAUCGCUGUGCUGUCCGAGACCUGCUGCUGUUGCGGCCCCUUGGCCCCCAGGACAGCAUUCGGCUCUGGAAGCAGCUACAGGACCCACAGCUGCAGUGCUGAGCCUCAGUGGGGGAACAGGCCAGCUGGCCUGCUCCAGGCCUGUAAUGCCUGCAACCCUGCCCGGCCCCUCCCUCCAGGCCUUCAUCUGAGGGAGAAGUCCUAGAACCUGGA